GGAGUGUUCAAGUAGCCACCCCCCCAAAGUGACCUGCAUGAGCUUGUCAAACAUCUACACCGCACCAGCGUGGGCGUGAGUCUAAGAUCGCUCAGUGCCUGAAAUGAAGGGCUUAGUACCUUGUUGUACCUCGUGUGCAUACAUGAGGCACAGAUUUAUCCACCAUAGACCAGCAUCCUCCUAACAGGUCUCUUCGUUCGAGGCUUAGGGAAGGGCCCUAAUACUAACAGGUCUCCGUUGGUGACCUCUUGGAGGAUCGGAUGCGAUACCUGGAAAACCUGAAUGACCUCUAUUUUGGACCACAAACCACCUGUUUUUCCCAUCAAAAACUCAAACAGAGUCAAACGGGUUCCAGGCGUAUAUAUAUAUAUAUAUGCAUAUGUAACAGAGACCUCCGAUUCUCCGCUAGCGGCCGAGAACCGGCUGAAGCCUCUUUUCGUCCCGUGACUCAAGGAGCGACGGGCGGUGGAAAAGCGCACGUGGUUUUCCGGCAGCGGAAGAGCGCUGGCCAUGGGGACGACGUGGAGCCGCGGCGGAAGAAAGAAAGGUCCUAAGCAGAAUUUACAGAAGCGGCUGUCCUGCAGCAUGGACGUUGUGCCCGACAUGCCGGGCGAACUAUCUUGGGGCUCCAAGCAGAAGAACAGAGUGAAGAGCACCAACAGCAGCAGCAGCAAGACAAGCCAGAGAAGCAGUGCCAACAGCCCGCAUCGGAAAGCUGUCGAGGAGCUUCCCCAAGGGAUCGGCUCCGAGCUGCAGCGGGCCACCUCCAAGAUGUCUCACUCCUCCCGAGGAGAGCAAAGCCCCGGCCGCUCCAUCAUCAAGAACAGCCACGGCUUGAGCCACCUGGCAGGAUCCGCGUCUCACCGCCGAAAGUCCGUGAGCUUCGGCCCGGAGGUGCGCGAGGAGUUCGGGCAGCUGGGUGAUUCGAUGGCAGCGACGACCGAGCUCGACCGUCAGGUCACAGAAGCUCAGAUCUUUGUGCACCCUUGCGCCAUCGACAACUGACGGAAUCCGGACUCCUUGACCAAUUUGAAGUCAAGGUAGCUAUAGGUGUGGCUGGGCCCUGAAGAACUCGGAGAACUGGGUGUUUUGUUCCUUCAUCGCUUCUCGACACGCACGGACCGUCCCCAUCUUGUCACCGUCUCCGACUCGUCGCGACUCGCCGUUUUGGACGUGCCCAGUGGUCUUGACGUGCACAGAAAGAAACGAGGAGAGUCAUGUGAUAAGGGAUUGAGCAGCGGAAGUUCAACUGUCCCUUUCAAGCCUUUCAAGCUUGGAAGUGGACAGUUGCCUCUUGGACAAUGUUUCCCUACAAGCAACUGUUUUUUCCACUCGAUUAUUUCAAAGAGUAAAAUCUCGAUGACCAAUGUGUCCGCAGGUGGGGCCAAAUCAUUGAACGGCGAUGAACGGCGGUGUUUUAUUCAAGCCUAGCGGCUUUGACUCGGG